AUGGACGCCCCGCCGCAAGAGAUCAAUCACCAUCACCCAAUACCCCUGUUGUCUGACUUGCUCAUUGUUCAACCCCAAUCGACCAUCUUCCGGGACUACCUGCGCAGUAUUGGGCCAAUCGAAUCUCUUCUUCGUGACGAGACUAAAAGGGUGACUGUGCUUGCUCCCACAAACAAAGCCACUCUUGCUAUGACACGAAAGCCACAUCAGCCUGCUCCUGGGGAUGAGCAUAGGAAUGGCGAAACGCAUGUUACUGAGGAGCAAUAUGAGCUUGAACGGCAGGAGAACGUACGACGUUGGGUUUCUGCUCACAUCAUCCCCGGGCACCCUUUUGCAUUUGAAGAGUCUAAAAACUACCCAACACUUCUUGAGGACUUCUCGAUCCGAUUCCGACUUGUCCAGCAGUCACAAAGUACGCAAGAGGGGGACUGGGUUGUGGUUCCUGAUAUCCAGAUAAUUGAAAAGAUCGAGGGUCGGAAUGGUAUCCUUUAUCUCGUCAACGGAUCCAUCCUUCCUUGA